AUGGCGAUGACAAGGUUCCUGGCGCUGAGGACAAACAAGGUUCCUGACGCUGAGGACAAUGUUCCUGGCGCUGUGGACAAGGUUACUGACGCUGACGACAAGAUUCCUGGCGCUGAGGACAAGGUUCCUGACGCUGAGGACAAGGUUCCUGGCGCUGAGGACAAGGUUCCUGACGCUGAAGAGAAGGUUCCUGACGCUGAGGACAAGGUUACUGACGCUGAGGACAAGGUUCCUGGCGUUGAGGAGAAGGUGUCUAACGCUGAGGACAAUGUUACUGGCCCUGAGGACAAGGUUUCAGGUGGCGCUGAGGACAAGGAUUCUGGUGCCGAGGACAAGGUCCUGGCGCUGAGAACAAUCUUCCGAUCCUGGCGCUAACGACAAGGAUCCUGACGCUGAGCCCAAGGUUCCUGGUGCUGAGGAGAAGGUUCCUGGCGCUGAGGACAAGGUUCCUGACGCUGAGGACAACGUUCGCUUCGGACACCGUUCCAGGCGCGGAGGUCAAGGUUCCUGGCGUUGAGGACAAGGUUCCUGGCGCUGAGGACAAACAAGGCUCCUGGCGCUGAUGACAAUGUUCCUGGCGCAGAGGACAAGGUUGCUGACGCUGAGGACAAGGUUCCUCACGCUGAGGACAAAGUUCCUGACGCAGAGGCUAAGGUUCCGAACGUUGAGGCAAGGUUCCUGGCGCAGAGGACAAGGUUCCUGACCCUGAGCAAAAGGUUCCAGGCGCUGAGGACAAGGUUACUGGAGCUGAGGACAAGGUUCAUGGCGCUGAGGACAUGGUUCCAGAUGGCGCUGAGGACAAAGUUCCUCGCGCUGAAGACAUGGUUCCAGAUGACGCUGAGUACAAUGUUCCUCGCGGUGAGGACAACGUUCCUGAAGCUGAGGACAAUGUUCCGGACGCUGAGGACAAGGUUCCUCACGGGGAGGACAAGGUUCCUGGCGCUGAGGACAAGGUUCCUGACGCUGAGGACAAGGUUCCUGACGCCGAGGACAAGGUUCCUGACACUGAGGACAAUGUUCCUGGCGCUGUAAACAAGGUUACUGACGCUGAGGACAUGGUUCGAGAUGGCGCUGAUGACAAGGUUGCUGGCCCUGAAGACAUGGUUCCAGAUGACGCUGAGGACAAGGUUCCUGGCUGUGAGGACAAUGUUCCUGGUGCUGAGCACAAGGUUCCUGACGCUGAGGACAAGGUUUAUGGCGCUGAGGACAAGGUUCAUGGCGCUGAGGACAUCGUUCCAGAUGGUGCUGAGGACAAGGUUCCUCGCGCUGAAGACAUGGUUCCAGAUGACGCUGAGGACAAGGUUCCUGGCGGUGAGGACAAUGUUCCUGGCGGUGAAGGACAAGGUUCCUGACGCUGAGGAGAAGGUUCCUGACGCGGAGAACAAUGUUCCGGACGCUGAGGACAAGGCUCCUCACGGUGAGGACAAGGUUCCUGGUGCAGAGGACAAGGUUCCCGGCGCAGAGGACAAGGUUCCUGACGCUGAGCACAAGGUUCCUGGCGUUGAGGACAAGGUUCCUGACCCUGAGGACAAGGUUCCUGACGCUGAGGAUAAUGUUCCUGUUGCUGUGAACAAGGUUACUGACGCUGAGGAAGAGGUUUCUGGCGCUGAGAACAAGGUUCCUCAGGGUGAAGCAAGGUUCCUGGCGCAGAGGACAAUGUUCCUGACGCUCAGCACAAGGUUCCUGGCGUUCAGGACAAGGUUCCUGACGCUGAAGACAAGGUUGCUGACGCUGAGGACAAUGUUCCUGGCGCCGUUAACAAGGUUGCUGACGCUGAGGACAAGGCUUCUGGCGCUGAGGACAAGGUUCCUGACGCGGAGGACAAGGUUCCUGGCGCUGGGGACAAGGUUCCUAACGGUGAGGACAAACAAGGUUCCUGACGCUGAGGACAUUGUCCAGAUGGCGCCGAGGACAAGGUUCCUGGCGCUGAGGACAAACAAGUUUCCUGACGCUGAGGACAUUGUCCAGAUGGCGCCGAGGACAAGGUUCCUGGCGCUGAGGACAAACAAGUUUCCUGACGCUGAGGACAACGUUCCUGACGCUGAAGACAAGGUUCCUGGCGCUGAGGAGAAAGUUACUGACGCUGAGAACAAGGUGCCUGCCGCUGUGGGCAAGUUUCCUGGCGCUGAGGACAAGGUUCCAGGUGGCGCUGUGGACAAGGUUCCUGACGGUGAGAACAAGUUCCUGCCUCUGAGGACAAGGUUCCCGGCGCUGAGGACAAAAAAGUUUGCUGACGCUGAGAACAAUUUUUCUGGCGCUGUGGACAAGGUUACUGACGCUGACGACAAGAUUGCUGGUGUUGAGGACAAGGUUCUUGAUACUGACGACAAGGUUCCUUGCGCUGAGGACAAGGUUCCUGACGGUGAGGACAAGGUUCCUGACGAUGAGGACAAGAUUCCUGACGAUGAAGACAAGAUCUUGGCGCUGAAGACAAGGUUUCUGUCGCAGAGGACAUUGUUCCAGAUGGCACUGAGGACAAAGUUCCUCCCGAUGAGGACAAACAAGGUUCCUGCCGCUGAGGACAAUGUUCCUGCCGCUGUGGACAAGACUACUGACGCUGAGGAAACGGUUCCUGGCGCUGAGGAGAAGGUUGCAGGUGGCGCUGAGGACAAGAUUCCUGCCGCUGAGGACAUGGUUCCUGGCGCUGAGGACAAUGGUGCUGACGCUGAGGACUAGGUUCCUGGCGCAGUGGACAAGGUUACUGACGCUGAGGACAAGGUUCCUGAUGCUGAGGACAAGGUUCCUGUCGCUGAGGACAAAAUUCCAGGUGGCGCUCAGGACAAGGUUCCUGACGCUGAGAACAAGGUUCCUGACGCUGAGGACAAGGUUCCUGGCGCUGAAGACAAGGUUCCAGGUGGCGCUGAGAACAAGGUUCCCGACGGUGAGGACACGUUCCUGGCGUUGAGGUCAAGGUUCCAGGUGACGCCAACGACACGGUUCCAGACGCUGAGGACGAGGUUCCAGGUGGCGGUGAGGACAAGGUUCAUGGCGCUGAGGACAAGCAAGGUUCCUGGUGCUGAUGACAAUUUUCCUGGCGCAGAGGACAAGGUUCCUGAAGCUCAGGACAAGGUUCCUCACCCUGAGGACAAAGUUCCUGACGCUGAGGCCAAGGUUCCUAACGGUGAGGCUAGGUUCCUGGCGCAGAGGACAAGGUUACUGGAGCUGAGGAGAAGGUUCAUGGCGCUGAGGAUGCGGUUCCGGAUGGCGCUGAUGACAAGGUUCUUCGCGCUGAAGACAUGGUUCCAGAUAACGCUGAGGACAAGGUUCCUGGCGGUGAGGACAAUGUUCUUGGCGCUAAGGACCACGUUCCUGACGCUGAGGGCAAGGUUCCUGACCCUGAGGACAAGGUUCCUGACGCAGAAGACAACGUUCCUGACGCUGAGGACAAGGUUCCUGACGUUGAGGAAACUGUUCCUGGCGCUGUGAACAAGGUUACUGACGCUGAGGACAAGGUUUCUGUCCUUGAGGACAAGGUUCCUGUCGCUGAGGACAAGGUUCAUGGCGCUGAGGACAUGGAUCCAGAUGGCGCUGAGGACAAGGUUCCUGGCGCUGUAGACGUGGUUCCAGAUGACUGUGAGGACAAGGUUUCUGGCGGUAAGGACAAUGUUCCUGGCGCUGAGGACAAGGUUUAA